ACAGCAAAAGUUCUGUAACGGACAACACAAAUAGAUGGUCGGAUAAGUCGAUGAGUUUUUUUUGUUAAAUAAAAAGGUUUUUUUAAGAUGCUACUCUUAUAGUAUAAGUAUUAGAAGAGAGAGAGAGAGAGAGAGAGAGAGAGAGAGAGAGAGAGAGAGAGAGAGAGAGAGAGAGAGAGAGAGAGAGAGAGAGAGAGAGAGAGAGAGAGAGAGAGAGAGAGAGAGAGAGAGAGAGAGAAGCUUUAAUGUUACAGCAAAAUAUCUUUAGAAAAAUUUAAAUAGUAAGAUUUUAGUGAACAUUACAUAAUUUUUUAUUCAUUUAAGUCUAACUGAUGAUCAUUUUAGAAACAGGAAAAAUAAAUAGGAAAAGAAUGUAGAAGAAUAAAAUUGUAGUAAUGAAAAGAAAUGGAUGUUCUAUCACAUAUUUAACAAAGAAUAACUUUACUUUUUAUUUUUCUACAAAAAUAAAAUAAUGGUAAAGAAUGGAAAGAAAAAAUAAUUUCUUAUGAAUGGUGAGUUUUUUAAGAAUGUUAAAAAAUACAUUAUUCCUCGUUAUUCCUUGAUCACCAUUCAGUAAUCUAUCGACCAUAUACAACUUCUCGAAAGACAAAAAGCUAUAUUGAUAGGUUUUUCUUUGGUAAAUAGUUAGAAAGUCAAUUGAAAUUUAUUUUUAAUUACAUAUAAAUUAUUGUGAUCUUUCGUAAUCGAUCGUGGGGGCAGACCGCACCAUCCUUUUCUUUUCAACAUAAUUUUGAAUAGCAAAAUUACCAAUAAAUAAAAACAAACAAGAAAAAGUGAUGUUUCCCAAUUUGUGUAAAUAUAUGGUCCACAAAUUCUUCAUUAUACUAGAAAGCUAAAGAGCAAUAAGUGAGUAAACAUACUGUCUUAUUUAAUAAAACAUUCAUUGAUGUCAUCAUAGUCCAUAAACAUCACUAUCAAGACCCAUAGACCACUAUCCACUUAGUACGAAAAUUUAUACAUAAAAAUAGUUUUUGGAUUUCUAGGUUUAGAAAACAUAUGAUUGAGUGUGGCUUGGUUGUGUGUUACAACAUCUAAAUCGAUUAUCAAGAAUAGAGGUUUGAUUCUCAAUAGCAAAUAGAAGUUUGAUUCUCAAUAGCAAACCAAAUUUCGUAAAAAAAAAAAUAGAGGAAUUAAUGUCGGUGACGAGCAGCCACAUGAAAUCCAACAUGAAAUGUAUGUGAUUCAAGAGCGUUGGAUUUCAUGUGGCUGCUCGUCACCCACAUUAAUUCAUCUAUUUCCAAAAGAAGAUUUUGAGUCAAAAAUCUAAAACUCCCAAUAUCUAGCACACUCAUAAUCAAGACCAAUCAUGAUAUUUAUAAGAUUUAAAACAAUUAGUAAACAUACAUUUUAAAAAAUUAUUUGGGAUCAAAUAGUGCAUACACUAACCAUUAAAGUUUUGGCAUCCAUUAACGAAUGCUUUAUUCCGCUAUGACUAAGACCCACUCUGCAUAUAAGAUCAAUAAUAUUUAUAAUACAUUAAUACCUACCCGAGAAUCUAAUUUACAGUAUAGAAUUUAUAAAUCAUCUUGGAAAUCAGUAAUCAAUAAAUCGUUAUUUUAGAUAUUUACAAAGACAUUAAAACUUUAAAAGCGUCGGAAUAGUGUAGCUUAGAUAACAUAUGAAUUAGAGAAACAAUUGUUAAAAUAUUUUUAGUUAGCAAGAUAACAUCUGAAUUAUUCAGAGACCAAUGAUAAAAGUGAAUCGUGGAAGAGGAUCCUAGAGGGAAGGACAAUGCUGUCACAUACGUGUGAUCGAAGACAGAUGAAUGAUUCCAUAAACGUGUACUGUGGAAAGAUUCUUGCUACCUAACCUCCUUCCUGGGACUUUGAAACAUGUCAUUGCUCUAGUAUUUAGUCAAUCACAGAUACGAAGUAAAAAUCCUAGAGCAAUGAAAAUAAAUGAUUGGAUAACGGAACAACGGUUGGUCAAAGAUAAAAACAUUUUUUCUAAUAUGGUUAAUGAUUUUUUUUUGUAGUAUACUUUUAACAAUGCAAUUGCAUAAAACAUAAUCGCCUUUUUUUAUCUUAUUAUCAAAUCCUUUUUUUUUGUUUUCUCACCAAAUCUUAAUUAGAGAACAUGUGGUAAAAUAGUCUUCAUGUAUUUAUGGGUAAAAAAGUCUAUACAAUGCAUAUAUGUACAUGUGUUUUUCGUUUGCUUAGUUAUUCAUCACAAUCGUCUAUAUAUAGUUCAUAACCGUAUAUAUUAAAUAUAAUUGAUUUCAAUUGAUUAUUCAACAAUUAUAAUAGUAUUAGAUCAUAAUGUAAUAAUAGACUAAAAAACUGAAAAUUUUAUUUUCGAGGUAUUAAAUAUUUUUUUUUAAUGUUCAACAAAUAGUUAAGAGACUUAAAAUUCUUUAAUCAGAUCAGUCAACUCAGAGCUUUGGUACAAAAAAAAAACAUUGGAAGAUCUGAAAUUGCUAUCCUACACCAGACAAACCAAACCAAACCCGGUUCAACAGUACCAUGAUUGCUAAUUGGUACCGGAAAACAUCGUACCGAGAAGAACCGCAAAUCGUUUUAUUACAAAAGUAACCCUAAAGCUAUUUGGUUAGCUAUUCGUUUGGAUAUGUCGACUUUAGAGCAUGAUUAUCGCGGUUUCCAAAACCGGUUUCUGCGUUUUUUUAAUGUGUGGGCCCCACUUUUUUAAAAAAAAACGGUCCCCAAAGUCGCGAAUUAAAGAUCGCUUUUGGGCCAGUUUUUCCACUGUUUACGGAUCCCAUCGACACAUGACGGCCCGCGAUUAGUUCAAUUUUUUUUUUUUAGGACAAAAAAAAAAAUUUAAGGAUCCCAUAAACGGUUUUACUGUUAAUCAUGCUCUUAGCUGCUUCGUUAAUCAAUGGGAGUUGGUCGGAGACACCAGAAAGGUAGCUCCUUUACGGACCCCGCUUCCUCAAGGUAACAUUGUAAGAGCAAGCGCAUUGGCGAUUGUAAACGGGAGUUCGCACGGUUACCAAAAAAGUAAAAUAUUAAAAUAAUCCAAUAUGCAUGACCCUGUCUCGCCACGCUCCUUCCGCAUGAACCCGGGUCAUUACAGUUUAGCGGGCCCCACGCCACGUGGCGGCCCGCUAUUGAUCAGUUUAUUUUUUUUAUUUUUUAUUUUUUUAAAAAAAUCAAAUGAAAAAUAUAUAAAAAAAUAAUAAAAAAUCAAAUUGGUAACCCCAACUAGGGAUUCAUUAAUGCGCUUGCUCUAACAUGAUCUUUCUUGGAGGGUUGUUCGAAAAUUUAGAGAGAGAAAGUUAUCCCCUUGAUACUGUGUGAGUGUAGUUUCUCAUAGAGUAUGUGAGAAACUGAGUAUGUUAGUGUUUCUCAUUGUGUGCGUGUGUGUUGAAAUGCUUGAACCAACAUGUAUAAGAGAUGUUUAUUAUGUGAACUUUGAUAGAAGGCAAGGCCUCAGCUAGGGUUGAUAAGUUCUCAAAAAGCGAUAUCAUUGUUUCUCCAUCAAUCCUAUCUGCCAAUAUAUCACUGUAGCCGUCGUCAUUCACCUUAAUGUAGUAGUAUUUAUUUGAUACUAUCUCAUUUAACCAACUUUUGCCCUAAUUAAUUAAAUAAAAGGGGAUUAUAAAUUUGCUUCUCCCUCUCUCUCUUUGAUCGAAAAAAAGGGUUCGGAAAUCCCUAAAAAAAACCAAAAAAAAAUAGGAUCAUCAUCUUCGUUGUCGAUGGACGAGUACUCUAGCAUGAAAGCCGCCGCCGAAGGGAAGAAAUUGCCCCGUUCGGAUCUUAUGGAUACUGCUAAACGAAUGUUUGAGGAGCAAAGACGCAUGGUUAAAGAUUUCCGUGGAGGGAUACGAUACUUCGAUGAUUCCUGCAGUUGAUAUCGCCAAUGCGUUGACGAAUCGUUUCAGUUCAUGUGGACGAAUCUGUAAUCUUGACAUUCCCAGAGACCCUAUAACAAAUGUUGUCAACAGCAAAUGUUCCUUUUUCCAACUCUGCGGAGGAGAAGGCGCCGAAGAGAAGGCCUUGGCACUUGAUGGAACUGACAUGGGAGGGUGGAAUGUAACAGUUAAGGUGUUACCUCACGAUGAUCUUGAGUUUACUACCGAUCAGCUGGCUGCUAUGAGCAUUUCACACUUUAAGAAAACCAGGAGCGAAGGCGUUUCCGUUAGAGGAUAUGACACUUCCCUUCCUUCGAAUGAUAUCAAGAGCGCUUUGACUAAGCAUUUCGCUUCAUGUGGAGAGAUAACUGAUGUUUUUGUUCUCAAAAGACGGGCUGUUAUUUACUUUUUCGGAUGGCAUGCAAUAAGUAAGGCGGUUGAACUCAGUGGAAGUAGCGUGGGAGGAUGUGAACUAGUUGUUAAGGCUUUGCCAGUACCUAAAAGAAACCUCGGCCCACCUCCUCCACCUAGUCUUCCUUUUUGGCUAUACUAUCCCUGGUACAUUACAUAAAAUUUUAUUUUUGACUAUUACUGUCCCAAGUAAAACUAUUUCUCAUGAGUUGGUUGGUGGUUUAUUUUUUAGCUGAAUGUGUUGAGGCUGCUCAUAAGAUACAUAUGGCUCAGAAGAUGACGGCAGAGUAGAGGAUAAAUAUCAGAAGAAGCUAGACAGAACCUAAUGUUACCCCCUUUUUUUUUUACCACUCGGUCUCUCUUAUUAAUCGUGUGAUACAAUGCAACCUCUUUUUAUUACAUGGUCUUUCUUA